AUGUUUUCCACUUACUCUGGGAAAACCAGUGUCCCCUUCCGCCACAGUCCCGACUAUGAGGCUCCUUUCGCCUCCUCGUCGGUCAGGAAGCGCUCUCGUGCCGUCUCCUUGAUCUCCGUAUCAUCCUCUACCUCUUCCAAGCUAUCCUUUGACUUGCCGAAAGCGCAGCCAACUAUCAUUAUGUCCACUAUUCCUAGCAAUGCUGUUGGCUCUUUUGCACCGACCAAGUCCGCCAGUGCAUCGCUGCGUUUCAUUAGCACAACGCCUUCACGACCGUCCUUAUUAUCCCGAUUCUCCAGACACAGGAGGCACGGUAAGCCCUCUAGCACGGGCCUAUCAGAGGUACUGCAGCAAGAUGACUUUUCGGCGUCAGGCUCGGAUGCCUCUGUACCAUCAAUUAGCCGCACCUCCUCUCCGUCUUCUGACCCAGAUCUACCAAGUCCACGUCCUUUGCAAGCUGUCUCAAAUAAACUCGACCCAACACUUGCUGCUGAAACCUGGAAACAAUUAUCCAAGUUGUAG